AUGUCAAAGACAGAGAGGCUUUAUCAGCUAGAAAGACCUCCAUUCACUUCUGUAAGUUUAAUAUAUUGACUUUUUGUUGUGGUUUCAGCUUCUUGCACGGGCGAAUUAAAAUGCAUGAGGGUUUGUACAACGAAAAGUAAAGUUUACUUAUUUUCUGACAUUAGUUUCUUGAUUUCAUUAACAGAGAGACUUUCAUGCCAGAUUUACACAUCUUGCGGGUCCUUUAAGUCUCUUUGAACCAGAGGACAACACAGGUACAUAUUAGUGAGACUUGGAGCUUUGCAUUGUAACUGAGUUACCCCUCAUUACCCACAAUAUCUCUGAUUAGUUGUUGAUAAAGUGGCAUUACAACUGUAACUUUAAAGAAAAUUUAUAGCAUACAUACAUACUUUAUUCAGGGUAUUAACUUUAUUUUGACUGAUACGUGUUAUAAUUUUAUGGCCUUAAAUUAUUCAUUGAAGUUUUUCCUUAUGAGGGACAUAUGAAUAAAAGCCAUGCUUUACAUUACUAAUGUUAAACAUAAGCUUCUUUUAAGUCCUUCUAAAAAAAUCACCUUGUCUCCAGGCAGAAGCCCUCUUAGGAGGGUUGUGCAUGUCCUUUGUCUGAAUUUGAAAACUUAUUCUUUCUUUUGUUUGGAGAAGAUCUCAUAUCCAUCUUGCUAUUUUAAUGCUUUAUUUGUGAGUGUCUUUGUCACUGUCCCAUCUUUGUGUUUUUGUCAUCAUCUCUCAGGCUUAUGUUGCUGUUUCAAGGCCAUGUUCCUUAUCAGUUUUUUACCCUGACAGAACUGCCACCUGGUUUAAGCCAGUUGGGAGAGUGCCGGACUCUGCUGAGCGGGAGGUUGCGGGUUCGAACACCGGCCAGACGAGCCCUUAGGGUCUUUAAAUAACUGGGAAGAAAAUACUGCCUUUGUAAUGACAUCUGUAGCCUGCGAAAACAUCCGUUUCUCCUCGCUCUUCGUUGAUGGGGACGUUUCGCGCAAAGGAACGUCUGCGACUCAGCGACAGAAAUUCUGUCAUUCAUAAAUAAUAGCUAAAACAAUGUAACUACUCCAUCGACCAAUCAGCGCUUCUGACCGGAUUCCGGACAGAUUUUACAUCAUCAGUAAACGCGAAGAAUCUCUAACAAAACAGUCAAUAUUUGUGGAAUAUAGUCUUCUCUAGAAGAAGCAUUUGAGUUUUGCUGGAGCUUGUUGGCAGAUGAACACAACACUUUACCAAAAUCGACCAGAAGACAUGUAAAAUUGGACAAAUUUAUAUUUAAAACCCCAUGACUGCUGGAUUUGUUAUGUAAACAUUGGUUUGCGUAAUGAGUAUGGAAUUUCUGCAGCUGAGUCGCAGACUUUCCUACUCAUGAAACAUCCCCGGCGGCAAAGAGCGAGGAGAAACAGAUGUUUUCGCAGGCUAUGACAUCUGCAAACAGUUAGACUUUCUUCUCAGAUAAGGACAAAGAACUGUAGGUCCUGUCUCACAGCAGUUACACUUAUCUGUUCUUGUGGGACAUAAAAGAAUUAACCCACACCGCUGUUCAAAAAGAGUAGGGGACGUAGACCCUUGUGGUGUGGCCAACCUUCACACUUCAUUCACGUCAUGGGUUGGGUGGUUACAGUAAACUCAUAAAUGAGCUGAUAGUUGCUGCCAGUGGUACUUUUGAAUGCUGGCAUCUGAGCUUACUGUUAACAUGUUAAUAUAUAUUAGUGUAAAAAGGGCACGUCUGUUGUCCUCCCACCCAUGACUCCUUCCAUGACUCCUCAAUCCUUACUCCUUGCUCGUUUGCACUCUCUCCCUGCAGAGGCUCCUGCAAGGUAUUCCCAUAAAAAAUAGAAAAAAAGUGAAAAUAUUCUGCCACAAAAUUUCUUUUUCCCUCUCCCCAAACUCCCUAAAACACAAAGAGCCAGGGCUCUAUGAAGGAGAGAGUCAUUUGCAUGCAUUCUUUAAGCCCACAGAGUGGUUUUUGUAUGGAUUUGCUGGCCCCAUUUACAGGUUUAGGACAAUGGACUCCUUACAUGUCUUUUAGAGAACAGCCUCGUUAAGAUAAAAAAAAAAGAUUACUUAAAUGGAACACUUUCAUCACUAACUUAAAAUAAUACUGUCAACUUCAACAGAUGUUGGCAAUGAAAACCCUGAAGUUGAAAGACCACUCACUCCCAUUGAGGUAAUUUACAUUCUACAACUGCAUGUAUAGCGAGGAGAAUUCAUAAAUUAAAAGCAAAAUUACUCCCCUUGUUAUGCCAGUUCAGGAUUUGAUGUACCAAUACAUAGGCCUAGAGAUGGUGUGAAUCCCGGCUAGACCAGGAGGGCUGUGCAAGUACCUUGUCUCUAAGUUCAGGAUUAAAUAAUUCAAAGGAUAUUAUUAGCAGAAAAUUAAUCUUCACUUCACCAAGUCUUCACUUUCAGCCCGAACAAAUUUACAGUAUAUUUAUUCAUUUUUUUCAGGAUGCAGUUAAAUGUCCUCCAUCAUCAUUCAGUGCCCUUGCCAAGAUUGUACGUCCAAGGUUAUCACCAAAAGAUGGAAUACAUGGACUGACAUCUAAUGACCAACAGCAACUGGUAGGCCCACAACCCGAAUCCAUAUAUAGUACACAUUGUUGAGGAGAAAAGGUUCUAUUUUUGAAAGUGAACUCUGUACCUUCCUUUUUGUUGAUCAGGUACAUGUAUUCCCAUAAUGUACCUUAAGUUCUUUUUUUAGUUUAAUAACCUUUUUUCACCAAUCUUUUUAUAUGAAGAAAAUGAUAAAUGAUAAGGGACUUGUCAGAAAUUAGCAGGGGGGGAGGGGGGGUGGAAACAGAGGGAGGGUUACAACUUUUUGAGACUGCAGAAAAGGGAGGGGUCAUGAAAAAUGGGCCUUUAAAAGGGGGAGGGUCAUGCAAAUAUGUGUCCUUGAUCAUGUAGAGGUUCACCCACAGAAGAAAAAAGAAGUUCUUUAUUUUGUACAAAAAACCUGGGAGAAAUAGGAGAGUUGAGUGAUCAGCUGUCAGAAUCAGAGUCGGACUCUUAAUGCUGUCAUCUAAAAUGUAUGUAUAUGGCAUUACAAAGAACAGAUUAGAAAUAUAUUUUGAGCUUUCAUAAUACUGACUCACCCUAGUGUAUUGCAAGAACUAGAUUUUAUCAUUUUUACAAGAGGGGGAGGGUCAUAAUAUUUUAGNAACCGGGAAAAUCCCCCCCCCCCCCCAGUCCACAAAAACUGUAGUAUACUGUUUUGCCUUUUAUUUUUUAAUAUAGGCAGGAUCAUUUAAGAGUCUAAUCAUACUUUGUUUUCCGUACAGAUUGAAAUUCUCAUGAAUGAGCUUAACAACAUCUGGAGAGAUGUUCAAAGAGGUCCUCCUGAUCCAUUCCUGGUAACUGAUUUAUAGCAUUAAAAAUACAACCUCUCCUUUUUUAAUUUUACUGGGUUUAUUGUUAAACAUGUUGACAGGCAUUGAGGGGCGUAAGGACCAUACCUGUUUUUUUUUUUUUUAAAGGAAUUUUAUAUCAAUAGUUUUUCAGUGGAUGAAAGUGCUUCAAAUGUACCUAUAGUUAUUAUACCCCAUACUCAAUUAUUUUUCAACUUGUGCAAUAUUGGAAACUAUGUAAAAAAAGUUACUCAAUUCUUGAUAUUCAACUGAUAGAUGUUCAUUUCGCUUCAUUUUAUUAGACAGGUCAGCAAAACAGAGAACUACAAAGGUACACGUACAUGGUUCAGGUUUAUAGUGUAUGCGAUGAUUGAACACAAGAUUAAAAUCUACAUACAUGUAUUAGUAGCAGUCUUUAAAAGCCGACAAAUUGAAAUAGUUUUUCAUGAAGACAAGUGGUGGAUAAAUGCAAGCGCACUACUAGAUCAUUUAGAUACCGUCUUUCCUCGAACAAUAGCUGUCCCUUGAUUAUUCACCUCGCUCAAAUAAUCGCCCCCUUUGACAGAAAUGUUUAAAAUAAUCGCCUCCUUAUUGGCCUCCUGCUCCACCCCUCUCGGAGAAGGAUAAGGCUGAAGUGGCAUCUGAUCCAGCAAAAUUGAUCAGUGGCGAUUUAAGCUCUGAUGCCGAGGAUAUUGGAAUUAAAAAAUAUUUAAUCAAGGGACCAAAUUUGGAACACUUGAAAAGCCCAUGUUCCAUUUAUUUGAGGUGAUUAUUUUUUAUAUAGUUUAAUGGGAUAAUGACACAAAAUAUUUAGGGCACAACUUCCAGUGAGCAUUAUUUGAAAUAAUUGCCUCCCUCGAAUAUUCAUCUUCCUUAUAAUAACCACCCCCUUUUGGUGGCAAAAAAUAGUCGAGGAAUACAGUAUUUGGAAAAAAAUGGGUAACUCAUUUCUUUAAGCUACAUAAUAUAAUAGAAAAAUUUGUAUAGGGCUGGAGGAAAUUAGCUCUUGGUAUGCAGUCACGGUUCAGUGAUUUUCCAUACAAAUGCUUGUUAAUAUUGAUAUUUAAAAUCUCUCCCUUGUGCAUUACUUGCCUUAAAUUUUUUCUAUGAUUAAGAUUUUGAGUUUCUCUGAAUUCUCACUAAUAAGAAGCCAACCCCUUUCUGAGAAAGGUUGACUUUGAUUAAGGUGGAAUCAAAGCUCUCUUUCACUAUUAAUUUUAUAUUUUUUUCAGACGUUUGACAAUUGAGAUUGUUGUAAUCACUCAGGGACUUUUUGCAAAGUACUUGGACAAAGCUAACAGUAAGUUGUAUAUUGAUACAAAAAGUAGCAAUAGUACCCAUCAUUUCAUCAUAACAGCUCUAACUGCAGUCUGGUUAGAUUUUAGCACCCUAAGUGGUAACAGAGCCACAAAUUGCAAACCCUAAAAGGUACUACAGUGAGCACCCCUGUCAUCCUUGUGGAAUGUACUUCCUGGGCUGUGGACAUAGUCCAUGGACAUAGUCCCUGUAAUGUAAAAAUUGUGUCUUAUUGAUUUUGUUUCUAGAACUGAACCAAAGAGGAGUGUUUAGUGGCCCUGCAAACCUGAGUCGCCUAAAAACUCAGCUGGCAUUGGAAGCGAGUAAAACGUAAGCCACUGUGACAUCCAUUAACAAAACUGCAUAAUGUUUUGUUUUUUAUUUGUAUUUAUUUACUACAUUGCUCUAAGUGGAGGUGGAUGCCCAGGAUGUCCAGGGGCGUCCACUUUUGGCAAAGCCAGCCCCUAGACAGAGUUAUGCCCCCAUGGCUUUUAAACCCCCGCCCUCCAACCAUGAUUUCCCACUCCAAUGGAACCAGGCACCUGUCACUCAUUUAUCAGUGGAAAAAAAGUGGGGGAGUGGGAUGGGAGUAAAAGAAUGAUCCAAAGGCUAAACAAAGAGUGGCCCCUAGGAAAGGCUGUACUAAGCACAUGGAGAUGAUGCAAGCAAGGUUGACCGCGCUUUAGCCACCACACUGAACGCUGACCAACGCCUGCGCUCCUAGUUGUUAACUGUGUUAAAUUUCAUUUAACUACAUGUUAACUUGAUACUUUUGUGCUUAAUUGUAUUUGCAUUUAAUUUUCAGUCUGAAUGUACUGAGCAUCAAACGUAAUCUUGCUGCUGACAUGAAACACCCUUUAGAUACAAGCACGGUUUCCAGCAGGUUUUCUUUUAGCCGAGCUUUGCGUACUCCUCCCCCAAAGCACUACAGACCGCUUGUGGUAAGUACAGAAUUGCCAUUCAACUGAAACACGAGUUAAAGGUAAUGAUUUUCAAGUUUAUUCAAGUUUUUCAUUUUCAUUCAAGUCAUGUUCAGUCAAGUUUAUAAACAACAGGCAAUCAUGGCGAUAAUACAAAAUUGUACAAACAAAAUAUUUAUCCUUAACUACUUCAUGAUUGAUCCAACUUGUCUUAUUUUUUUUUCAUUUCUGAAGAAUUUAGGACAUGAAUUGCCUUGAGGAGAUUAUCUGCCUUUUUCUUUGCAUUCUCCCUAAAACUAGCCUGCGCGCAGACAAAAUUAAACUCUGGUUAACUCCGUCUGUGAAACAGCGCCGAAAUCCUUGUUCUGGACUUCCAGCUGUGUACCCAGAUUUGAGUACGCGCCACGAUUGGCCAGUUAAAAAAGGCCUUUGUUUUGUUUGUCGUGAUCGCCAAUCAGGUUGAAGGGAAAUUCGAAACGCACUUCCGGUAAUUCGUUGAGUCCGUUGGGGGUCCAGAACAAGGAUCUCUGCGCUGCUUCGCAGACGGUACUAAUCAGAGUUUAAUUAUCGUCUGCACGCAGGCUACCUAAAACUGGACAAAGAAAUUGUUUACAUUUUAUGUCGUAGAUGAGGCAGGAUGAAGACAAGAAAAACAAAGUGCAUCUUUCAAGAGAAGAGAAGCGACAACUAUUGAUUGAUCGUGAGUUAAGUGAUGUAAGUUUGAUGUGUCCAUGGUGAUAAAUGUAUACUUGUACAUGGAAAAAAUAUUCUUCGACUAGAGUUCGAGCACUGUUUAUUUGUUUGUUUGUUUUUACUGUUUUUGCAGCUUCAGAAAAAAAUGCCUCAGGUAGAUUCCAGCUCUUACCAUACUAUUGUUGCACAUCAUCUCCAGCUUCCAAAGAAAUCUGCAUCAGGUAAUUCUCUCUCAGUGAUGUGAAUUUCCUCCUCUCCACCUUUCCUACACACACAUACAUGCAUGAACCUUUUAAAAGGCCAGAGGCUACUAUGGUAAUUACCAUAGGUACUAUGAUCUGUACUUCUAAUUUUGAGACCUCAUGAUUGAUGUAGUAGUCUCUGUUCUUACUUAUAUAAGAGACUCCCACAUAGGUUAAUAUGGGUAACUGUGACCUCUCUGCUGUUGUACCCAACAUUGUGGUCGUAAUAAUAGCCGUAUCUUAAUGCAGUGAAACACACAUUUAACAAUCUUUUUUGUUGCUUUUCUCAGAUUCUGGAUCUGUUGUAGAAGAUGAUUUAUCACAGCAAAGGUACGUGACCCAUGGAGAAACUUGAUAUGACUUAUUUGAAAAUAAUAAUAAUAUUGGAAAAUAAAACGGGAAUCACCAACAAGUGCAAAGACAAAGGCAAAGGCUCAUCUGCACCUUUUUCUAUGGAUCUGUUCAUUCCUCAAAAUAAUGAUAUUCUUGGUAUGAUUCCAGUUUUUAAAGUUUUUCUUGUUGAAAAAAUUGUGUGUAAAAGUUUGGUCAGUUUUAUCAGGUUUAAAAACACUAUUUCAUAAUUCAUUGCAUUUUCUUACCAUGGAAUAAGUAACUAGGCAAAAGCCUUACUAAAGAAAAGGCCAGAAAUCUGUUAGUUAAUGGUCUUGCGUGUCGUGUUCAUACAGUAUCUUCUAACAACUCCACAUGUAGGGAUAUUCCAUUGCACGUUAAGUUUUUUCUGCCCUAAGUGUCUUUAACCUUAUGCUGGCAAUAAAGGUUUAGUUAUUGGUACACUUUGCUGUGCUUGAGUCAUACUCAUUUAACCAACAUUCCUUAAUACAAGCAUCUAGACAGCCCAGAGCAAUUCUUUGUAUCUCAGGAACGCUAGGCAGCUGUGGAGAUGGAUUGCAGCUACACCAAUAAUGACUAUGUUAAACCGAGCCAGACGAAACUGCACUAUAAGGUAGAAAUAGGCAGUUAGAGUAGUGAAACAAUUUCUAGAUGAGCUACUUUGCACCAU